AUGUCAAUGUUUUUCUCUUUUGUUACGUGGGUAUUGGCUCGUGUUUUGCCUCCGUAUCAAGCGCACACCGCUAAGUCGACAGACAACUGUCUCAGUAUCCUUUACCCUAUUUUGCGGCAAGCUUUCCCCACAGAUAACAUUGCCAAUCAAGAGCCCCUCGAGCUCGACUUCGAACUCAAUAAGAAGCAGUACAUCGCCCUCAUCGUCUACAACCAUUUUCUUUGCAAGCAGCUUCACCAUACAAGCAACUGCGUCGAACAUUCGAGCAAUCAAUACACUCAACGAAGACGAUACCUCAACAUCCCAACACUGAAGAUGAACAUCCAGAAGGUUACACUGCAGGCUGCUGAUUGCGAGCUCACGUUUCUAUAUUUCAUUGGCCUACCAUUAGAUGAUUUGCGAACAUCUCACUGUCCAUCCUUUGAGGAGGUCUACCGGUGGGCAGCAAUGUACAUGGAAGAUGACGGUAUGGACGAUACAGUACUCCGCCUCACGCCUGUUACCCAGAGCGCAGGAGCAACACUGGUGAACGAUACCCCGUCGCUGAGAACAGCUGUAAACAGGUUUGUCGCCAAUGGGGAGUUCGCGCUUGCAGUCAACUUCUUGCCACUUCUUAGUGAGCCUCCGAAGCGUAGGCGCUUUGCUAGUCCUCCGCUAGAGCAGGACAGCAGAAAGCGAGCGAAGCGAGCGGACGCGGAAGUGUCCUCUGUGCACAGCAGCGAUGAAGAUCUGCAGCCAGGUGAAGAGAAAAUUGGCAACGACGAUGAAGGCAACGUGUAUGUCUCAACGGAACAUACCCUUUUCUCUCAGGUCUCUCAGACCUUCGAAGACGUUCUCACGUACGCAGGGAGAGAAGGUGUGACUGUCACGCCGAGAGUCUCUCCAUCCCCCGACGAGGACGCCGCUUUACUGGAUGAACCGAUCAGACUGCCGAACUACGGACUGACUGAGAAUUACAUGUGCAAUUCCGCUGGAGCACGACGACAAGAGGCCAGUGAGGCUGAUCACGAGGCUACCAUCCGCAAUAUCGCCCUCCGCCCUCGACACCAUCCGGAGCGGCAAUGA